AUGGAAAAUAAUGUUACUGAGGAAGGUACGCAAAAGUUUCGCCAUUAUAAAUUACAUGAAAAUUUGUAGAACUAGAGUAAGGCCGUUUGAGUCAGAUUGCAGUAAGAUCCAAACGUCGCACUGACUUGCAUUAAGUUUUCUGUGAAAGUCGACGAUGGAAAUUGUUGCUCUCUCUUUCGGUCCCUUGUUACACAACUAUAAACAAGUUCAUCAAAACACUGUGAUGAAAUCCUCUGGACACAACUGAUAUCAUGUGAAUAACACCAAGGGAAUUAGUUUAUAUCUGCUUGUCUUACACCAUCCUAAGUUGUUUCGGCUUUUUUUCCACAGUCCGAAACCAGGAAGACGUGGAAAGCGGUUACAAUGACGGAGAGUCGGAACAAGAGCAGGGAGAGCCUCAGAAACUCGCAGAACUAAGUGGUGAACACUCUGAACCCUCUGUACACAAGGGAGGUGAAACUGAAGGAAACGACGAACCAAAAGAAGAUCACCAAGAGGCUAGAGAAAAGGAAGGUAAACCUGAUCAAGAAGUACAAAAGUGAGAUCAUGAACAAGAUCAGAGUUUCACGUUGAGAUUGAUCAAAGAAAACCAAAGGUAGACCCUAACGAAUGCAAACAGCAGAAAGUUGAACUUAAACAGAAAGAAGACCCAUAAGGGGAUCUCGGGAAACUUGGAAAGCAGCAGGUUGAAGUUAAAGAAGAGAAAAAAUCCGACGAAUACAAGGGGAAUCUAAACAGAAAACUGAAGAAGGCACGGUUGAUAAACCAGAAGAACGUGAGCAGCUAAUCAUUGAUAAAGAUAAAUUAGAUCAUUAUCUGUCACCUCUGAAAAAGGAAACGUUAAUCAUUCUUUAUUCAUUUAUUCCUAAAACAAAGUUUUAAUUUGUUGAAUCGCAGAAAGAGACCAACGUUUCCAAUUUUUUCUUUUGUCCAAUAGAAGACAAAAAGGACGACAACUUCCCAGAAGCCUCAGGGCGAGAAUCUCCAAAGGCACCGCUGGCCACGUUUGAUGAUGACAGCGAUCUUGACGAGUUCACAGACAUACUGCAUGAAACAAAUCUGUGAGAGGCAGCGCUGCUUUCUCUAGUCCUUCUCUAUAUAACUACCGUUAGGCUAGUAUAUCAGUAUUAAAAUAGUGUGACGUUUUCUGUGGUUCUCUAUGUUAAGGAUUUGGUUUUAACUUAACCAUCGUUAAUUAGAGUUUUUGGUUUGUCUAUAAAUGCAUGGGGUGAUGAUGAACUACGUUACUGCCGGCAUCAAAAAAGUGCUUAUUUCUCAGUACUUCACCUGAAUAUCCAGCACGUUUCUUAAAUUUUGGUACGAGUAUAAUUAAUAUAGAGCGAAUGUUAGAUGAUAAUGAUGCCUCUGUAUGGGAUGUCAUUCUAGGUGAGAAACAAGUAUACGGAGUUGGUUUUUCUAAAAUUAGUCAUUUAAGAGAUCAUGCGCACAAUUUAUUUAACUUUAUUUAAUUUUAAUUUUUUGUUACCAGCCAACAACACUGCAACAACGAGAGAUCUCUAUACCUUUUAAUGAUCGUUAAUUUUUAUUUAAGUGACUUUGAAUGUAUGAAAAACGUAAAUGUGAGCUACGUAGUAACAAAUGAAUAUGAGUUAUCUUCACAGAAAUGAACUCUGAACAAUGUCAAAAUAAAGCAUAUAUAUAUUAAGGCUUGAACGGGAGUUGAAGCCAUGACCAUCUUUGAUACCGGCGCAGUGCUCUACCAAUUGAGCAAACAGGCCAACUAAGAGCCGGUCAAUUUUCUGGUUCGUAAUAAACUCGUUAAGUCAAGAAUAAGUGACUGUGAAUAUGUGAAAAUCAUGAAUGUGAACUGUGGAUUGAUAAAUGAAUAUGAAAGUAAUCUAAUUCAGCAAAUUAUUUAAAAGCUGGCUUCGUUAUAUAACAGUGCCGAUUAACGGCCCAUCACACACAUAUACUAUGUGCACAGGUCAUGUAUGUGCAAAGGUUACGAAAUGUGUGUGUGGCUAAUUUAUUUACUCGAACUUGUUGUUAUGAUUUAAGACGAAGGUAAUUAUUUUUGUAAAAGCUUGUGCAAACGCAAAGGAAGAAGGUAUUAAAGUUGC